AUGGCCGCCGCCGCUGCUGGCGAGGCCGCUGCUCGCCGUGCUGCGCCCGGCCCGGUCGUGGCCGCCGCUCGCCGUCUGUGCCCCGGCCCGGCCAUGGCCGCCGUCGCCGGUCCUGGCCGCGCCCGGAUCCCGCCUGGAUCCCGCCGAGGGCGGCGAGCACGGAAGAGCCCGGCCGACGUUGAUCGCCCCGCCGCGCUCGGGCCGGCUCCGUCCGCCUCGGGCCGGCGUCUCGGGCUGGCUCCGUCCGCAUCGGGCCGCCGCUCCGUCCGCCUCGGGCCGCCACGCCGUGGGCCGCCGUGCCUCGGGAUGGCUGGCCGCCGGCGCCUGCUCCGGCCGCGCGCGCGCCCGGCUGGGCUGGAGAGGGAGCGCGGAGGAGCGCAGAGGAGGGCUGCGCAGGGCCGCGGGGAGCUCGGAGGGAGAGAGAGGAGAACUAAGGCUUUUCAGUACAAAUCUACAGGCAAAGUGUACACUUCCCAAAUUUGA